AUGUGUGCUGCAGACAUGUCCAACAACAAUCCUCCUCCUGCCAAAGACUUCUUUCCCUCUCCAGCUCUCUCUCUUAGUCUUGCGGGGAUUUUCCGCCAUGGUGCUGCGGCGGCGGAGGUUGAAGGAGCGACUACUAGCAACAUGGAGGUGGAGGAAGGAGAGGAAGGAAGUACUAUAGGCGGCGGGGAACGCAUGGAGGAAAUGAGCAGUGAGUAUUCAGGUCCAUCAAAAUCCAAGUCAGAGGAAGAUUUUGAAGGAGAUGAACAAGAAGAUGAUGAAGGUUGUGAUGGAGACAAUAAGAACAAGAAGAAGAAAAGGAAGAAAUAUCACCGACACACUGCAGAACAAAUCAGAUUCAUGGAAGCGCUUUUCAAAGAAUCGCCACAUCCUGAUGAAAAACAGAGACAACAACUCAGCAAGCAAUUAGGACUUGCUCCAAGACAAGUCAAGUUUUGGUUCCAAAAUCGUAGAACUCAAAUCAAGGCAAUACAAGAGAGACAUGAAAAUUCAUUGUUGAAAACAGAAAUAGAGAAACUAAGGGAGAAAAACAAGACCCUAAGAGAGACCAUAAACAAAGCUUGUUGCCCUAAUUGUGGGGUACCUACCACAAACAGAGAUGGUUCCAUGCCAACUGAAGAACAACAACUUCGUAUUGAAAAUGCCAAACUCAAAUCCGAGGUAGAGAAACUUCGAGCGGCGUUAGGGAAAUAUGCACCUGGAACAAUGUCACCUUCAUGCUCUACUAGUCAUGAUCAAGAGAAUAUGAAAAGUUCUUUGGAUUUUUACACUGGAAUUUUUGGUCUUGAUGAGUCAAGGAUAAUGGAUAUGGUAAACCAAGCAAUGGAAGAGCUUAUAAAGAUGGCUACAAUGGGUGAACCACUGUGGCUACGUAGCUUUGAGACCGGUCGAGAAAUACUUAACUAUGAUGAAUAUUUGAAGGAGUUUGGAGGUGAAAAUUCAGAUGAUGGUAGAACAAAGAGAUCCAUUGAAGCUUCAAGAGAUACAGGAGUUAUUUUUGCAGAUAUUCAUAGGAUUGUCCAAUGUUUUCUUGAUGCUAAUCAAUGGAAGGAGAUGUUUCCAUGUUUAAUAUCUAAAGCUGCAACAGUUGAUAUUAUAUGCAAAGGAGAAGUUUCUAACAAUGAUGGUGUUGCGCAACUGAUGUUUGCUGAGCUGCAAAUGCUAACACCAAUGGUGGCCACUAGAGAAGUGUAUUUUGUCAGAUAUUGCAAACAAUUAAGUGGUGAAAAAUGGGCAAUAGUUGACGUGUCCAUAGACAAAGUAGAAGACAACAUUGACAUGUCCCUCAUGAAAUGCAGAAAACGUCCAUCUGGUUGCAUUAUUGAAGAUAAGUCAAAUGGUCAUUGCAAAGUAACGUGGGUGGAGCAUUUAGAGUGUCAAAGGAGCACAGUUCAUUCAAUGUUUAGAACCAUUGUCAACAGUGGCCUAGCUUUCGGGGCAAGGCAUUGGAUUGCGACGCUUCAACUUCAAUGCGAACGUCUAGUUUUCUUCAUGGCAACAAAUGUCCCCAUGAAAGAUUCAACUGGUGUUGCUACAUUGGCUGGGAGAAAAAGCAUUUUAAAAUUGGCACAAAGAAUGACAUGGAGUUUCUGUCAAGCUAUUAGUGCAUCAAGCUUCCAUACAUGGACAAAAGUUACUAGUAAAACUGGAGAAGACAUAAGGAUUAGUUCUCGAAAGAAUUUGAAUGAUCCCGGUGAAUCUCUAGGGUUGAUACUUUGCGCAGUUUCUUCUGUAUGGUUGCCUGUAUAUCAUAAUGUUCUGUUCGAUUUCUUGAGGGACGAAGCUCGUCGAACUGAGUGGGAUAUCAUGUCUAGUGGCGGAACAGUGCAGUCUAUUGCAAAUUUAGCCAAAGGACAAGACAGAGGCAAUGCAGUAACAAUCCAAACGAUUAAAUCUAAAGAGAACAAUAUGUGGAUACUGCAAGAUAGCUGCACAAACUCUUAUGAAUCAAUGGUGGUGUAUGCUCCUGUGGACAUUACUGGAAUUCAGUCUGUGAUGACAGGAUGCGAUUCGAGCAAUCUUGCAAUACUGCCGUCGGGAUUCUCAAUUGUUCCUGAUGGCUUAGAGUCAAGGCCAAUGGUAAUUACUUCGAGGCGGGAGGAGAAAAAUACCGAGGGAGGAUCUUUGUUUACAAUAGCAUUCCAGAUUCUUACCAAUGCUUCUCCUACAGCGAAAUUAACAAUGGAGUCUGUGGACUCUGUUAACAAUCUUGUAUCAUGUACAUUGAGACACAUCAGAACGAGUUUACAUUGUGAAGAUGGUUAG